AUGAACGAGCAGCGGUCGAGGGACUACGACUACCUGUACAAAAUAAUCCUCAUCGGGGACAGCGGCGUGGGGAAGUCGUGCAUCCUGCUGCGUUUUUCAGAUGACCACUUCACGGAGAGCUACAUCACCACCAUAGGGGUGGACUUCCGCUUCAGAAGAAUCAAAGUGGGGGACAAAAUGGUGAAGCUGCAGAUCUGGGACACUGCCGGGCAGGAGAGGUUCAGAACCAUCACCUCCGCCUACUACAGAGGAGCAGAUGGCAUUAUAAUCAUUUACGAUACAACGGACAGGAGCUCCUUCCUCCACAUAAAGGAGUGGCUGAAUGAGAUUGAAAAAUACACAAGUGAGGAGACGUGUAAGUUGCUGGUUGGGAACAAAUCGGACUGCAAAGACGAAAUGGAGGUCUCCACCACCGAGGGGGAGAACAAAGCAAAGGAGCUAAACAUCGCUUUCAUUGAAACCUCUGCUAAGGACGCUACCAACGUAGAACUUGCCUUCACAAUGAUAACCGAGGAGCUCAUUAAGAAGAAGAAAAAGAAGAGCGUCUCCUCGCUGGGCGCUUCGCAGUCCAAGGUGAAGUUGGCUGCGGAGGACCACGGCCCCGGCGCGCUCUGCUCCUGCUGA